ACUGCAUGCACUGUUUGAAUUUGUUGCCUCAAAUGAAAGAAAGUUGAGAAAUAAUUGAAAUUGAAGAAAAGCUCCAAGUUGGUAUGCUUUCCAUUGUCAUCAAGCAAUAACAAUAAGCGUUCACAGGCAUCCACAUCUCAUAUCUACUUGUGUUGUGUGCCUCUCAUCUUCUCUUCUCUCUCCAAGACAUGGGUUCGGCUUCAAGUCGACUUGGUUCUCGCCCUUCUUCUCCGAGGGUCAACCGCUUCAGUUUAUCAUCUCUUCUAUGUGGCACCUCCACUUCUCGUUCCAUUUGCCAGAUGGAAGAACGUUCAUCUGAAUUUCAGGUUGAUUCAGCAAGAGAAUUUGAUGGUGAAAUUCAGAAAGACAUUGAGGAAUCAUCUUUAUCACGUACAGAAGCUAGAGUUAGCUUUGGUCCCCGUGCUGAAACUUCAACCUCCCCUGAUAUUAGAAAUGAGUUAUACGGUAAUACUACUGGUGAAGGUUCUUCCUUAAAUGUUUCAACAGGUAGUCAGAGAGAGCUCUUGUCUGAACGUAAGGAGCUAGUCCCUCUUUUUAAGGUAAGUGUUGGUCAUAGUGGUCAUGAAUCAUAUAGUGAUAGUAGCAAUGCAGCUAGUACUUCAUUUGUACAACAGCAGUCUUCAGAUCCGGUCUCUGUAAAUGUUUCUGCUAACAAGGAUGCAGUCAAUGAUGUUGAUGAUCCAGUGGUUAGUGGCACCUCUCAAUUCUCUCUUGAGACAACGCUUCCAAGAAGUUCAACCCCUCAAGUGCAUGGGAAUUCAAGUUCUGGUGAAAUUUCUGUUGAGAAUCAAACUAGUUCAUUCAUAUCUAUCCAGAAUUCGUCUUCCAAUCCCGUUGCUCAACUUUCAAACUUAGCAGCAACUUCUCAAGUUCCAGAAGAUGAACUCCGUCGCGAGACAAUACCUUCUGGUUUAGGUAUUCUUGUGUCCAAUCGUGAAAGAGGGCAGGGAAAUGACAGUGUGCUUCAAGUUGAUGUGGUCACUAUAUCUUCCAACAUUUUGUCUGGGAGCAAUGCUGAUGCCAAUGAUCAUGAUGCCAGAAGGAAUGGUAGAAGGUUAUUUUGGGAUGCUUUUUCACGACGUAGUUCUAGAAGGCUUGGUGAUUCUCCAACCAUUGUCUUCUCCACUGGAGGUGCUGAUGAUCCAGGAUCGAUGGAUCGAUGGAUGGUUGAUUUUGGUGGUGAUUUGUCAAAUGAUGGGGUUGGAGGUGCUUCUGGAUAUAUGGGCAGUAGAAUUCACAGAUGGAAUGAACGAAUGCAGCACUCAAGAUCUGAGAUCUGGGAAAGGCUUCGUGGUGGCUUUGAUGAGAUUGGUCGGUGGAAUUCUUCAUGUCCAUUAGGACUCCAUGCAGAUGAUAUGUGCUCAUGUGAGUCUUCCCCAAUGGCUGAGGAGUCUAGCACCAGAGCAAGUAUUUCAAGAAUAGUCAUGCUAGCUGAGGCUCUGUUUGAGGUUUUAGAUGAAAUCCAUCGGCAACCUGUAUCACUUUCUCUAUCCAUGGUCUCGCUCCCUGCACCUGAAUCAAUUGUGGACUCCUUCCCUCUGAAAUCUCACAAAAAGGUUGAUACAGCUGAUGGAGGCAAUGAUACUGAACAAUGUUACAUAUGUCUGGCAGAGUAUGAAGAAGGGGACCAAAUACGAGUUCUUCCUUGCAAUCAUGAAUACCACAUGUCGUGUGUCGAUAAGUGGCUUAAAGAAAUACAUGGUGUAUGUCCUCUUUGUCGUGGCAAUGUUUGUGGAGGGUUCACAGAGUCUUCUGCCCACUCAGAAGUGCCGUCUCAUUGACAUUGUAUAUAGGAAUGUAAAUAUUAAAAUUCAGACUAAACUCCCUCUUGGGUCCUCUAAAGAUACACUUGACAUCAAAUUGGUCUUUCAAAUAUUUGUGUCAUCAAAAUGGUGUAAACUAAUGUCACAUGAGUUUACUGAAAGACUAUUUUGAUGUCACUUAAAUUUUUUCAAGGACUAUUUUGACAUAACAAAUCUUUGAGGUGUAUCUUUGAAUAGCCAAAAGUGAUAAUUAGAAAGUGUUUAGUUCAACUUAUUCUGGAAAAUAAUUGCAUAUUUUUAUUAGCUUUUGGAGAGAACUUCUAGACAAUAAAAGUUUAUUUUUAAAAAAUAAUAUCUUCCCAAACAGACACUAAUAUUAUGUUUUUUUUUUCCAU